CGUCUGCUGAGUGCUGGCCAAACCAAUGUUUAUGUUUUAUAACCUAAACCUAUAUACUGUAGUAAUAAACUUUAAUAAUUAAUUUAUGAAUUGCGUUUCUGGCCUUUUUAGGCUACUAAGUGACUCUUAGUGUUGGUGAAUAACGUUUAUUCGUGAAUUUUAUAUAAUUGAGUUAGUCGUAGUUUGUUUUACUUUAUGCUACUGUGUUCCUGUUUACUUCUAAGGCUCUCAAAAGAUAACACUGAAAAUAUUUAAUUCAAAAUGCAAUAAAAGUUUUAUGUGUCAAGUUCAUAGUAUUUUUUAGUUAUAAUGAGCUUUCCUUUUAAACUUAUGGGGUGUCAGCUAAACCCUUUAAAAACUACAAAAUACAGUUUCAUAUUAGGCUUAUUAACAGCAGGGCCAAAGUCUAGUCGCAACAUUCAUCAGUACAGAAACCUAGUGCCUUGGAAAAAUGCAAUAGAAUUAUCUCAACAUUUAAUUGGAACAGUUAUUUAUAAUGACAAUGGUUUACUUGUGCUUAACAAACCUUACGGAAUUAGCUUUUCCAGAAGUGGAAAUGCAGCUCAAAUUCAAAAAGAAAAAAAUAUGAAACCAGAAGAAAAAGUAUUUAAAAAGCCUAACAAACAAUCAAAGGACUUUAUAAAUAAUCAAUACUACACAAGUGGAAUUGUUAGUGACAGUUUAAGUCUUGUCGAUUGUUUGCCUUACAUUAAAAAUCACUUUGGCUACAACAAACUAUAUAUUUCUAGGGUACCAGGGAAGUACGUCAGUGGAGUUGCGAUCCUUACUACAAACCCAGAGUUGGUGGAUAAAGUCAAUGUUGUCCAUGCUCACGCACCAACUGGGAAAGAUAAAUAUACAGCUGUUGUUGUCGGGGUUCCAAGGCAUUCUUCAGGUGUAGUUAGACUUGGAUUAAAGCUUGAAUUUAAAGAAAAUAUUGGAAAAAAGCCUGUCUUACUGCAGGAAUUUUCAAACAAUGCUGUAAAAGAUGGCAAGAUUCGGAUGGGCACGUUUCACCAUGAGACGAUUCAACAUGGGUUUAACAAUUUGACAAGUCUUGUUAAGAUCUGCGUGGACCUUCGCGCAUACAACGCUCUCAGAGUGUUUGCUGCCGAUCACUUACUGGCUCCAGUUUUAGGCGACAACUUGUACGGAGGUCGAGUCCAGACUCUGAUGGGAAUCGCUACCUCCACACACCACUUUAGUGACGCUGCGCUGAGGCCUCAGGUGUUACCUGAAGAGGUUUACAGCAUGUUGCAAGUAGACCGUAGCAACGCAGGAAUCAUACCAGUGCACAUUCACCUGUCAGAAAUGGUGUUGCCCAGAAUGUUGCGUGGAAAACCUCUACAUCUCUCGGCCCCUUUACCUCCCCACUUUGAGUGGACUUGUCAUAAAUUAGGCUUAACACAAGAACAAGAAGCAAUUUCUGCUGUGUAGUAUUAAAUGUUGUAUUAUAUUUUUUUACAUUGACAGGC